CCGUGAAAGUGGAGAACAUUGUGUUUGAUUUAAAUUUUUUUACACAGGAUUACUGUAUGGUAACAUUACCACAAAGCCACUAAUAUUGGCAGUAAAUUGUCCGUUUCUACUUUUUCAAAUUAAUUACUGCAGUUACAAAUGGUGAAACAGGCUUGUUACUUUUCUCUUCUGAGACAUGGACAAGUGCAGACGACAGCUGACAAAUACAGUCCUCAGCUGAUUUAACUGUGCUGCAAAUGACUGAGUCAAUCAGUCAGCACCAGUACCUGUUGAUGAUAAGUAUGUCUUUAUUUAUUAUUUAACAUUUUGUCUCUUACAGAAAGGAUUCAAUUUGAAGCUCAAGUCAGAAACUGGGGACCUGCAGAGAUUAAGGCUGGGGACACCAGUGGGGACACAGAUGCUCAGCAGACCAGAGAGUGUGACAGAUCCUCUUCCCCUCGGUUCUCUUUGAAAAAGUACCUGAGGAGAUCUUCCUCCAAAGCCUCUUCCUCCACUGAGUCUCUGUCUUCUUCACCGCAGAGCAACAUGGAUGUUGACUGUGCAGGAAUCAUCCUCAACUGCCUCUUCUGCCGCUUCGACAGCAGCAACUGCUGCCCCAACUACAAGCAGGUCGUCACAGCAGCAGAGUCUGCAUCCAGCAGUGACGAUGACUCGUGCACGGACUUGGACUGUGGUCUGCUCAGUGCCUGUAAUGAAGGAGGGGAUUGUCUGGAGCUGGCGAUGGAGGUUUCUGAGUUGUGCUUCCGCUAGGAGGAAAACAAUACGCAUUACCCUAAGGAACUUGAUGGAAAUGCAUCAGACUGUGAAGUGGACAGUUUCUUCAGGCUAAAACUCUGAUAAAUGCACAGAAAAUGAUAUCAAAGCUGUUACAUGCAACAUUUGUGGUGUUAAAAUGACAAUAAUAUAGAUAAUGCAUCUGUGAAUGCAUGUGACCUUGUAUCUAUAUAAUGUAAUGGCCUAAAUCUAUGAAACGGACCCAUUUCAUCAGACAGUUUGACUUUGACAGGAAAAGCCAAGUGGACCUAAAUGAUUGACAACCGCUGUCACCCAUUUUUAAAGCAGCGAGCCUGAACAGUAGAGCCAGGAACUGAAUGCACACACUAUUAUUAAUCACACCUACUAUGUUUGUGUUUCCUGUCAAGGCGUAUUUAAUAUUUCUGUGAAAAAAGGGUCUGUUAGGUGUUCCAUGUUAUG